AUGUCUACAGAAAAGAAAGAUCUCGAGGACGGCUGCUUCGCGCAGACGUUUGAGAGGAAAUACUACCACCGAGAAGAUGUGUUCAUCAAGCGGAAUUUACGACCCAGGGAGUAUCGCACUGGCUACCGGUGUCUCCACGUACCCCGACUCGGAAAGGAACGUCUUAUGAACGAAGCGGCAGCACUGCGGUACAUCCGCCAGCAUACUGAUAUCCCAGUCCCAAGAUUAUACCUUGACUUCGAGGACGACGAAGCAUACUACCUAGCCACCGAGUACAUCGAAGGCGUAGGUAUGUCCUCCCUAUCCGAAGAACAAAGGGCCAUUGUAAACAAGGAGCUUUCGAUCCACCUAGCAAAGCUCAAAACUGUACGAUCAAACCGAAUAGGCGGGCCAUCGGGUCUCGUCAUCCCAUCAUACCGUGUCAUGCGGCAGAUAAAGACAGACGACUGGCGUUUGCAAGUCUCUGACCAAGACGAGUUCGUUUUCUGCCAUAACGACUUGUCGCAGCAGAACGUCAUUGUUGACCCUGAUAUGCUGAAGAUCAACGCGAUCAUUGACUGGGAAUAUGCUGGGUUCUACCCGGAGUAUUUUGAAAGGCCGUUUUAUACUAGGCUUGGUCCUUCGGUUGCUGUUGGGGAUGAGGUGGACGAUUCGGAGAAGUUGUUGGAGUUUCUUAGAUCUAGGAGUGAGGAGGCAACCUGA